AUGCCCAUCUUCAGAAGCAAGCACCCUGACAUCUCUGUUCCCGAAGAUGUUACAAUAUGGGAGUGGCUAUUUGGCAACAACUCACCACGUUCUCCUCUCAACCGGUUUCGUGAAGAAGAUUUAGCCGGCUAUGUCGAUGGCGUCACGAAAGAGCGAGUCUCCUGGAAAGAUGUCAAAGAGGCCGCGACGUACAUCUCUACGGCCCUCGUCAAGAAGUACGGCUUGGAGCCGAACCAGACCGUUUCGCUCUUCAGUCGGAAUACAAUAUGGUAUCCGGUGACCCUAUUCGCUGCGAUCCGCGUUGGAGGCGUUGUCUCAGGUGCCUCGCCGGCUUACAACGUGGAGGAGAUGACAUAUGCUCUUCGGACCGCGAAGGCGAAGUUCGUAGCCACACACCCGACUUCAAUCAAAAUCGCCACACAGGCAGCGAAGAAUGUCGGUAUUCCAAAGGAGCACAUCUUUCUGCUAGAGGGCCAGCUCGGUGACUAUACCAACGUCAAGGAUCUGAUAGAGAUCGGUAAGAGCUAUGGGAGAGACAAGCAGGCUUUGCCUUUCAGCAUUCCGGCGGGCAAGACGAAUAAGGAUGUUUGUGCGCUCCUGAGUUUUUCAUCAGGUACCGCGGGACUUCCCAAAGCCGUCAUGAUAGCACAUCAGAACGUCAUCGCCCAAGCGCUACAAAUGGAGCCGAUCACACCGCCAGACCACAGGAAUGUACUAGGAGUCCUACCAAUGUUCCACAUCACGGGCAUAGUGCACAGCAUGCACCUCCCAGUCGUCCUAAACGCGGAGGUCAUCAUGCUCCCCUCGUUCAGCAUGGAGUCGAUGCUCGCGACUAUCGUCGAGUACCAGAUCAAAGAGCUUCUCUUCGUGCCACCGAUCCUCAUCCGCUUGGUGCGCGAUCCCAUCGUCGACAAGUACGACCUGAGCUGCGUGAAGCGUCUGUCCAGUGGCGCCGCGCCAAUCUCUGAGGAGAUCUUGCAGCUGCUCAAGCAGAAGUUUCCCGGGAGCGGGUUCAAGCAAGGCUACGGCAUGACGGAGUCGUGCUCGUGCAUCACGGCCACCCCUCUGGACGCGUACGACUACAAGCACGGCCACAAGGUAGGCACCAUAGUCGCCAGCACGGAGAUCAAGCUCCUGCGGGACGACGGCACGGAAGCACCCUUGGGCGAGGCGGGUGAGCUCCUGGCACGCGGCCCGCAGAUAGUCAUGGGGUACCUGGACAACGAAAAAGCGACGCGCGACACCUUUGACGCGGACGGGUUCCUGCACACGGGCGACCAGGCGGUCAUAGACGAGGCGGGCUUCGUCACGAUCACGGACCGCAUCAAGGAGAUGAUCAAGGUCAAGAGCAUCGGCAUUGCGCCGGCGGAACUGGAGGAUCUCCUGCUUGGACACGCGAUGGUGGAGGAUUGCGCAGUGCGGGCGAUUCCGGAUGAUCGGGCGGGCGAGAGGCCGAAGGCGUAUGUGGUACUAAAGGGCGGGUGCGGCGCUGACUCGGCUGCUGGACUUGAUAUCAUGGGGUAUGUGGAGAGGAACAAGGUGCGGGACAAGUGGAUCAAGGAAGUCGAGUUUGUGGAUGAGAUACCGAAGAGUGCGAGUGGAAAGAUCCUUAGGAGGGUGUUGAGAGACCAGGCGAGGAAGGGGGCGAGGGGAGUGGUUGUGCGGGCACAAGAUGGCAGAGCGAAGUUGUAG